UAGGAAGCAUGUAUGUAAAUAAACGUGUACAGCUUUCCUCUGAUAUCAGUGUCAAACAUUUUACUAAAUUCUGCACUUCCAUUGGUAUACUUCAUGUUUUUCUGAAAACUGGAAAUGUACUCGGAAGGCAAGAAUACUGAAAAUGAAGACAUUCUUCCGUUUCCGGCUGAGGACCUGCCGAAACAUGUGCUCAGGAAGUGCGAAGACGAACUGAAUGAGACUCCGGACAGAAAAGAAAAGGCUCUUCAGGAGCUGCGAACUAUGCUACAAAAUAACCCGGAAACAACUGGAAUUAACUUCUAUGAAGAUUUCUUGACUCAGUUUCUGAGACGGAACAAAUACAGAAUGAAAGACGCUUACCAGAACGUUCUCAACCUCGUGGACAUCACCAGAAAAGAAAGCCUAUUUAUAAGAAAUGCGGACAUGUACCUCGAUUCACCAAUGACGAGAGCUCUCUUGCUACUUCCCAAGAAGUGUCCGGACGGAUGCACCGUUAUUAUAACCCGAUUCGGAAAAUGGAAUCCUAAUGAGAUACCAUUUGAACAUAUGAAGUCGAUGCUUGCCAUUUCCAUCCUUCAGCUUCUGCGAGACCCCGUGACACAAAUCAGUGGCAUCAAGUUCAUUCACGACUUCAAAGGAGCUUCUGUACAGCAUCUUAAAUACUGUUCUCCCCGAAAUCUACAUCUGUUGUACCAUGGGGCAAUUAACUGCUUACCAGGAAGGUAUAAAGCGAUUCAUUGUGUGAACGAAUCCUUUGUAUUGAAAACUAUAUGGGCAUUAAUGAAGCCAUUUUUAUCCGAGAAGUUAAAAAAUAGGGUGGUUUUCCAUUCAAACUCGGAAGGGUUGUUUGAUUAUUUUCCACGUUCUAUGAUUCCUGCUGAAUAUGGUGGAACUCUCCUUGAUAAUGAUAUAAAAGAUUGGAUUAGAAUGGCCUAUAAAUGUCAUGAAGGAUAUACCGUAGCAGGCCAACCAAACUUCUACUAAUAUUAAAAAUCUUUUCUUCUUUUUCUGAUUAAUUGUUAAAUGAUUGAUAUUAAUUUUAUUCGAAGAUUUGUGCAGUUUUAGAAAAUAAAUUUUAAGAAAUUCA